AUGGGACGGAUAGCUCGAGUUGGGCCGACAGGACAGGGCCGACUGGGCGACGCCGAUGUGCAUUCUGCCUGGGACGAUCUUCAACAGAUUCUCGUCACCCCGACUGUUCAGAGUUUGUUCACAUUCCAAGCCAAGUCUCAGGCUCGUGAAAUUGGCGGGACUGCGCAACAAUCUACACACAUACCUAUCGUCCAGUGUCAGCUUCCACCCAUUGGACGGCUCGACGGGUCUCACUACGCAGAAAACUCCAUCCUUGGCCUCACCCCCAACCACCCACCAGACAAGAGGGUUUCGGCCGGCCAGGUACCACCGCUCAUCCAACCUUUUAGAUCGCCUCUCGCCCCUCUUCUUCACAUCAGAAACGGAGGCCGCUUGCGACCUAUACAAUACCUGCAAGCCUUCUCUUUGAACUUACCCUCACUCGCUGUGUGUAACUUCACACUUGGUCCCCUGCACACCUACUUCCGCGUCCAUCCAACUGUCGUUUCCGUCCUGCCGUCUUGGGUGUUUGUAACCUUCCUGGCCUCUUGGUCCUGUCUAUAA